AUGGAUUGGUAUCCAACAGAGCACGUGAGAAAGAGAGGACGCCCGCCGACCGACUGGGACAAGGAGAUGAAGAAGACCUGCGGGGGAGCAGCCUGGAAGAGAGUAGCAUUAGAGAGGAAAGAAUGGAAAAGGAUGGGACAGAAAACGAGGUUGAAUGAUUUUCCUACUUUUGAUAUCAGACUAUUUGAGGAGGUAGAAACAGAGUACAUAAAAAACAGUGUUGUGAACUCAACAGGACAGAGGGACAUCAGAGCCCCUAUAACGGCUCUGACUGCGCUGGGACAGCUCUAA